GAGCGGGGCGUCGUGUGAGUCUCUGCGGUUCGUCUUUGCAUCCGGGGACGGCACAGAGGCGCCAGCUUUUCCCGUUUGUCAGGACGAGGAGGCGGAGAGCUAAGUGAAAUAACGCCCACGGUCCACGGUUCUUCUCUUUGAGAACCAGCGUCUCCAGAGCGAUGGAGUACAUGACCGAAUCGACCGUCCACACCCCCGCACACAUCUUGUGCUGUGAGUGCGGCAUCCCUAUUAGUCCAAACCCUGCCAAUAUUUGUGUUGCCUGUUUGCGAAGUAAAGUAGACAUCAGCCAAGGCAUUCCAAAACAAGUCACUAUUUCUUUCUGCAAACAAUGCCAAAGAUAUUUUCAGCCACCAGGAACUUGGAUACAGUGUGCACUAGAAUCCAGGGAACUUCUUGCUUUGUGCUUGAAAAAAAUCAAAGCCCCUCUGAGUAAGGUUCGACUUGUAGAUGCAGGCUUUGUUUGGACUGAACCCCAUUCGAAGAGACUUAAAGUUAAACUGACUAUUCAGAAAGAGGUGAUGAAUGGUGCUAUCCUGCAGCAAGUAUUUGUAGUGGAUUAUAUUGUUCAGCCACAGAUGUGUGGAGAUUGCCAUAGAGUAGAAGCUAAGGAUUUUUGGAAGGCUGUGAUUCAAGUCAGGCAAAAGACUCUGCACAAAAAAACUUUCUACUAUUUGGAACAAUUGAUUUUGAAAUAUGGAAUGCAUCAGAAUACACUUCGUAUCAAAGAGGUUCAUGAUGGUCUGGAUUUCUUUUACUCUUCAAAACAACAUGCUCAGAAGAUGGUAGAAUUUCUUCACUCUUCAGUUCCCUGCAGAUAUAAAGCAUCACAGAGGUUAAUCUCUCAGGAUAUCCGUAGUAACAUAUACAAUUACAAAAGCACCUUUUCUGUGGAAAUUGUUCCAAUAUGCAAGGAUAAUGUUGUUUGUCUGUCUCCAAAAUUGGCACAUAGCCUGGGAAAUAUGAACCAGAUCUGUGUGUGUAUUCGAGUGACCAGCACCAUCCAUCUCAUAGACCCGAAUACGCUACAAGUUGCAGAUAUUGAUGGGAACACUUUCUGGAAUCACCCUUUCAAUAGUUUAUGUCAUCCCAAGCAACUAGAGGAAUUUAUUGUGAUGGAAUGCAGCAUCGUCCGAGAUCUAAAGCGCAGUGCAGGUGCUGGAAUGAUAUCAAAAAAGCAUACCCUCGGGGAAGUCUGGGUACAAAAAACUUCAGAGAUGGAUACAGAUAAACAAUAUUUUUGUCGCACUCAUUUGGGACAUCUACUAAAUCCUGGUGACCUGGUUUUAGGGUUUGAUUUGGCCAACUCUAACUUAAAUGAUGAGUAUGUCAACAAAAUGAAUGCAGAUAGAGUCCCAGAUGUGGUAUUAAUCAAAAAGAGCUAUGACCGCACCAAACGACAACGUCGUAGAAAUUGGAAACUUAAAGAACUUGAAAGAGAUAGAGAAAACAUGGAUACAGAUGAUGAAAGGCACUACCAAGAUUUUCUUGAAGAUCUUGAAGAAGAUGAGGCAAUUAGGAAAAAUGUCAACAUUUACAGAGAUGCAACCAUUCCUGUGGAGAGUGACACUGAUGAUGAAGGAGCACCUCGAAUUAGUCUGACAGAGAUGCUUGAAGACCUUCACAUUUCCCAAGAUGCUACUGGUGAAGAAGGUGCAUCAAUGAUGACUCAGUGAGAUUCCCAUGGUUUCACAUCUGUGAGGUUAGGAUGUGUACAGAAUUGCAUGUGCUGUCAGUUCCAUCUCUGCCUUCAUAAUGAAGGAGAAAGUUCACUUUCAACAAAUAUGACCUGGUGCAUUCAUUCAAAACACUGCAAAAUGUUGAUUGAUGCCUUUGAGGUUUUAGGUAACAAAAGAUUGUGAAGAAUGUAACUAUUGCAGAUAUUUUUGGCCAUUUAACAAUGGAGUGGUGUCCAUUCGCUGCUGCUGCUUUUGUUAUAAAUAUGUUUUUGGUGUCUGUGCAGGGGUUGUUUCUAGCAGUACUGGGACCGAUUUGGUACCAGGCAGCAAACCCACAUGCAAAGAAUACAUUCAUUUAGAGCUCUCCCCUGCCCUCAUUUUAUUCUUUAUGAGAUACUAGGAUUUCACUUACUAUAGCAUUGGAUUUGAAGUUCAGAAGUCUGGGCCUGGGAGAUGGAUGGAAGGACCAGAGUGCUCGCUUUGUGUGCAGGAACACACCUGCAUGGUCAUGGCACCUCCAAGAGCUGCUCCUGUGCAUCCAGAGCCUGGAGUAGCCCCUGAGCACCAGAUACUCUGGGAUGCUUUUAGAGGUCACCUAAAUUUUCAAACAUAAAACAAGCUUUGUUUUUUUUUUUUUUUAAAUAUCAGUUGCUUUUGUAAAAGAGCAUAUGAAGAAUCAUUUUUAAUAUAACUUGUGUACUUUGAUGCCCUUUUAGAUCAUUUUUAUGUCCUUAGGAUAGGAUGUUCAGCAAAAAAGUUAAUGUUUUAUUUGUAAUGUUAACAUCUUCAAAAACCAUUGAACUAGGGGCAUUCUGAUUGUUUUUUUUCCAGAAGAAAAUGUAUUUCCCUUGAACUAGGGGUGUUCUGAUUUUUCAUGAAGAAGAAAAUAUAUUUAAAAUAUUUGUUGAUUUCUAGAAAACCUAGAAUAAUUACAAAAGAUUAAACAGCUUGUAUUUUAGUUUUGCCUGCCCAGCAGAUUAGGAUGUUAGUUGCUUUUGUCAUAAAAUUGUCUUGGAAACUUUCGAGGAUAACUUGAACAAGUUUUCGUUACUCUGAACAUAUCACAAAAAGCUUAUUGGAAUCUAAUUUAUACUUGGUGAAGGAGUAAAAAUUAUCUUUGCUUUAUUAGACAAUAAAUUGGGAUUUGAAUAAGAAAUGCGUUCCAUCUUUGAGAGGGUGCUGGAUUUUUGGUGUCCUAAGAAUGGAGGAUUAAGGUACUAUUUCUGUAAGCAAGAUCUUAGUUCCUAAGUAUGUCAGAAUGAAGAACCAUUUAAUAAAUUCUAUGUCUACCACUAAAUUGAGCAAGUUCUGAAUAGAAUAUUUUCCUUUUUUAAGAAGAUUGCACUCUCCAAGGCCUAAACUCUCUCUGGUAGCUCUUUUUCUGUCUGCAUACUUCAUUUAUGGCCUCCACGUCACCUGUAUCAAGAUAUUUAAAUAUUUAAAUAAAUAUUUGAAUUUUUAUUUUUA